AUGACCCCCAAUCACGACUCGACAACCGCGACGAUCUACGAACAGGAUACGAAUUCGAGUAAAACACUCCCUUCGUCCACCCAACUCACGGCACCCACAUAUCCCGAAGGAGGACCAGAGGCUUGGCUCACCGUUUGCGGCGCUUUCGUUGGUCUGUUCUGUACAUUUGGGCAGUUGAAUGCCUUCGGCACGUUUCAGACGUGGUAUGCCGAACAUCAACUGCGCGACUUGCCCCCAUCCACGAUUGCAUGGAUCGGGUCCCUCCAACUAUGGGUCUUCUUCUUCUCCGGUGGCUUCGUGGGACGUCUAUUUGACGCAUACGGUCCGAGAGUCAUCAUGGUUCCAGGAACCGUCACGCUGGUUCUAAGCAUCAUGAUGACGAGCCUGUCUACUCGCUUCUACCAAUACAUACUCGCACAAGGCGUGUUGUUCGGACUCGGUGUUGGAAUGAUCUUCUACCCAUCGCUAUCAGCUAUCUCGACUUACUUCAGCAAACGCCGAGGGGCUGCCCUCGGGAUAGCCUUUACGGGUUCAGGUGUUGGAGGUGUUGUGUACCCCAUCAUGUUCCAGCGCCUGUUUGCGCAGGUCGGCUUUGCCUGGGCGGUUAGGAUCUCGGGAUUCAUAUCGCUCGCCUGCUGCACAGUAGCUGUCGCCACAGUCACAAGUCGUCGCAGCCCUGUGCAAGACAGUGCUCCAUGGUUUGAUGGCAAAGUCUUCAAGGAUGCACCGUUCAUGCUGGUAGUCGCCGGUAGUGUCCUCGUGUGCCUCGGUCUCUUCAUCCCUUUCUUCUUCUUAGCCGACUACGCCAGGGAUCAUGGAGUCUCCGCAACCGCAUCGUUCUAUGUCCUCUCAGCGCUGAAUGGUGGCGGCAUCGUGGGACGUCUUGCGCCUCCGCUGCUCUCAGACUUCGUCGGCCGGUUCAAUGUAAUGGUUCCAUGCGCAUUCCUUCUGGGACUUUCAGCGCUUGUGUUCUGGAUCUUCGCGAAGUCCCUUCUCGUAAUACUCCUCUUCGCUAUCCUCUAUGGCUUCCUCUCUGGGGGUUUCAUUGCCAUGCUUAUCCCAUGCGUCGCGCAAUUAUCGGAUUUCAACGAGAUUGGAACUAGGAUCGGUGUCCUGUACAGUAUCAUUUCAUUCGCUGCGCUAGCCGGCGGACCGGCGGCAGGUGCUAUCCUCAAGGCAGACCAUGAGUCAUAUACAGGCAUGAUUGUGCUUUGUGGCGUCGCCAACCUUCUGGGUUCGUUCUUCAUGCUGUGGUCUAGAGCUACAUUAGACUCUCGGACUUUGGUACGAAUAUAGUAGUGCUCGUGUCGCGUGCAGCUUGACCUGCCCUGUAUCAAUAUUGUACUACUAUUCUAACCAGCUUCAGAGACGAAGUUAGCAAUCGAUGGAUAGCGCCC